AUGUUUAGUUGCCCAUUUCAGUAUUGUAAUAGAACUUUUUCACAUUGUGCUGCUCUUCGUAAAUACACAAAAACACACCAAGGCCAGGUAUACUGGGAAAUAUUAAGCAAUAUUUCGAAUAAUGUAGAAAAUACGGUUAAAAAUUCUGAGAAAGAAAAUGAAUGUAAUGAAGACGAAUUUGAUGUAGAUAUGGAUGCAAACAAAAAUGAUACAAAUAUAAACGAAUGUGAUAUAAAUAAUGCUGAUGAAAUAUCAGAAUUUUCUAUCGAAGCUGAAGAACAACCU